UGACACGCAUCCCGCAUGGAACUCCAAUGUCUGUCGAUUGAUUGAUUUGACUCAGCUGAUGAACAGAACAACCAACGAACAUCACAAAAACACGCCAUUCUAUGGAAUCGAAUCACUCACACAAGCUAAUCAUCACUCACUGAAAGAGUGACAGAGAUUCCAUUGAAAGAUUCAGAAACAGAGUUUCACAUAAGAUCAAUGGAGGAGGUUCAAGCCAGAGCACCCGGCAAGAUCAUCUUGUCCGGCGAACACGCCGUCGUUCAUGGAUCCACCGCCGUCGCCUCUUCCAUCAGCCUCUACACCUACGUUUCUCUCCGCUUCUCCACUCCUUCCGACAAUCAAGAUUUGUUGAAACUUCAGCUCAAGGAUCCUGCAUUAGAGUUCUCUUGGCCAAUCACCAGAAUACAACAAGUUUUCCCUGAAUCUGCUGCUGUUCUCUCUUCAACCCCUGCAUCUUGCUCUGUUGAGUGUGCUAAGUCAAUUGCAGCUCUUGUUGAAGAACUUGAUAUCCCAGAAGCCAAAAUUGGAAUUGCUUCUGGAAUUUCAGCAUUCCUCUGGUUGUACUCUUCCAUUCAAGGGUUUAAGCCUGCUACUGUGGUUGUGUCUUCUGAGCUUCCUUUGGGUUCAGGGUUGGGUUCAUCAGCGGCGUUCUGUGUGGCAAUGGCGGCUGCAUUGCUUGCUUUCACUGACUCUGCUUCUUUGGAUGUGAACCAGCAAGAUUGGCAGUUUUUUGGGGAGAAGGAGCUUGAAUUGGUAAAUAGGUGGGCCUUUGAAGGUGAGAAGAUCAUUCAUGGAAAGCCCUCUGGAAUUGACAACACUGUCAGCUCAUAUGGUAACAUUAUCAGCUUCAAGUCUGGUAACUUGACUCAUAUGAAGUCAAAUGUGCCACUUAAAAUGCUCAUAACUAACACCAAAGUAGGGAGAAACACAAAGGCAUUGGUGGCUGGUGUUUCAGAGAGGAUGCUAAGGCACCCGGAUGCAAUGGCUUUUGUGUUCAGUGCUGUUGAUUCUAUCAGCAAAGAAUUGACCUCCAUUCUCAAGUCACCAACACCAGAUGAACUCUCUGUGACUGAGAAAGAAGAGAAGAUAGAAGAGCUAAUGGAGAUGAAUCAAGGUCUGCUACAGUGUAUGGGGGUGAGUCAUGCCACAAUAGAAACUGUUCUUCGAACAACACUCAAGUACAAGUUAGCUUCCAAAUUGACAGGAGCUGGGGGUGGAGGCUGUGUUCUCACAUUGCUUCCAACAUUGCUGUCAGGCACAAUUAUUGACAAAGUGAUUACUGAACUGGAGUCAUGCGGCUUCCAAUGUAUCAUUGCUGAAAUUGGCGGGACAGGUGUUGAAGUUAAAUUUGGGAAUUCUUCAUCUUGAUUUUCUAUUUUGCUUCCUCAGGGAGUGAAGUCAAUGAUCAAAGGAUAUGGUCCUCAAGUAAUUAGUAUGGAAAUAUGUCCUUCUCUUUUCAAGAUCUUGUGCAUCACUCUGUAACAUUUUUUAUCUUAUUUUUUAAAUUAAUGUUUGUUGGAAAACAUCAUAUAGAACAAGACAUUUUUUAUGUGGCACAGUCAAUGAUUCAGAUACUGAUUUGUUUCCCCUUAUAGUACAUAAUUAUUUCA